AUGCCAUUGCUUCCUCAUAAGCAAUCUCGCUGCGCGUUGACUCUCACCGCAAUCAAAUUAACAGAGACCAACGAAGAUUUUGGCGUCCUCUACGAGCCUCUUGAGGGAAUCGAAAGAUUUGAGAACUAUGGACCAGGGGGCUAUCACCCCAUUCAAAUCGGUGAUCACUUUCACGGUCGAUAUCGAGUUGUUCAUAAGCUGGGACAUGGGUCUUACUCAACUGCGUGGCUGGCCCGUGAUGAACAAUGCAAUAAAUACGUUGCAGUGAAGAUUUGCAUAGCAAACGCAAAUUCAAAGGAAGCAGACAUGAUCUCCACGCUCACUCGUCCUCAUUGUCUCCCAGUCAACCAUCCAGGAAAGAAGAUGGUCCCUUCGAUUCUAGAUAGGUUUACCAUUCACGGCCCAAAUGGCAACCAUUCUUGCUACGUUACAGCGCUGGCGAGUGCUAGCCUCUCUGGGGUGAAAGAUGGCUCAUAUAUCCGUUUAUUCCAGCCUGACGUAGCCCGGUCAUUGGCUGCACAACUCGUUCUUGCUGUGGAUUAUAUACAUGCCCAAGGAAUGGUUCACGGAGACCUCCACCUCGGUAACAUUCUUCUCAAAGUUCCGCCCAACUUUGACCAGCUCUCACUUGAACAAUUAUAUGAGAAAUAUGGAGCACCGCAACUAGACCCGGUUGUUCGUCUAGAUGGCAAUCCGCUUCCACCUGGUGUUCCAUCCCACGGCAUUGUGCCCAUAUGGUUAGGGAAAGCGAGUGAGAAAAUCACGCUUUCAGAUACCAGGGUCUUGCUUACCGACUUUGGUGAAGCCUUUUUCCCCUCAGAAGAACCGAAACACGAAUCUCGCACCCCCCUUGUCAUCCGUCCCCCCGAGGUGCGGUUUGAGCCAAAUGACCCUCUGUCUUUUCCAUCGGACAUUUGGACUCUCGCCUGUAGCAUAUGGGAUAUCGUAUCUCAGCGGCCAAUAUUUGAAUGGUGGUUCGUGACGGAGGACUACAUAACCCGCGAGCAUGUCGAUAUUCUUGGUGUUUUGCCACCUGAAUGGUGGAGGAGAUGGGAGGCGCGAACACUGGACUUCACUGAGAAUGGCGAGCCAGCGAAUCGCCAGGACGGAGCUUUCCAUUCUUUGGACGAUCGGUUUGACUAUAGCGUGCAAAAGCCUAGGCGAGAUAGGGGCAUACCGCCGUUUGAUGCAAGGGAGAGGGAAGCUUUCUUUGACAUGCUACGGCCGAUGCUCUCAUUCAGACCCGAGGAUCGUCCUACUACUAAGCAAAUUCUCGACUCGGAAUGGAUGCGAAAAUGGGCUCUGCCUGAAUAUGGCAAGAUCCAAGAUAAUGUAUGA